GGGAAGGGGGGGAGGAGGAGGAGGAGGAGAAGGGUGUGAGGAGAGUGGAGGAGGGCAAUGCUCCUCCCACGGGCCGGCGUCAGUCUGAGCAAAGGCUGACUAGGUCAGCUUGCUGAGCACCGGGUGCUGCUUCUCCCGCUCGGGAAGGGAGCCGGGAUUGGCGCCCAGCCCUCCAGGCGAUCUAGGAUCGGAGCCGAGCUCCAUCUCCCUCCAUGAGCACCGCUCUGCCUCCCGGCCCCAGCCUCUGGCGGCGGGCAGCCACGGUGAUCCUGGCGGCCGGCUGGACCCGCCCGGCCGCGGCCGGGUCGUUGCCCCCGCCGCCGGCCGAGGACUUCCGGCUACUGCUGCUGAAGCGGGCCGCCAAUCAGGGCUUCCUGCCCAACGCUCACGUCUUCCCGGGCGGCGUGCUGGACGCGGCGGAUCGCUCGCCGGACUGGCUUCGUCUCUUCGCGCCGCACCACGAGCCUCCACGCUUCGGCCUGGGCCUGUCGGCGCGCCCGCGCGCCGCCUUUCUCCCGGGGCUGCCUGACUUCCAGCCCGACGCCGCCGACCCCGCGGCGCUGCCUGAUGACGUGGCCGAGCGCAUCUGUGCCAUCCGCGAGACCUUCGAAGAGGCGGGCGUGCUGCUGCUGCGGCCCCGGCGUGCUCUGCCGAUUGGCUCUAAAAAUUGA